ACUUGCUGUUAACGUUCACCCUGUCCUCCACGCUCAAGCCCACAUAGCACUCUCCGGCAUUCUAUGAUUUGAAUCCACCGCUAUCAUUAUGUCUUCCUUGCAAUUUUGGAAACCUGGUACUGUCGGACCUGGAAGCACACUUGAUCGAGCAACAGAAGCAGAGGGCAGCGUAAUCUCUUCUGCUCCGAUUGGUGCUGCCGUGUCUAUACAGGCAGCUCGGGAACGCCUUCCUAUCUUCAAACAUAAGGAGAAACUUCUCUAUUGCGUCGAGAACUAUGGUGUAACCAUCCUAGUUGGACAGACUGGCUGUGGAAAAACGACACAGCUUCCCCAAUACCUUCACGAGGCAGGUUGGGCUGCCGAUGGGAAUGUUAUUGCUUGCACACAACCACGAAGAGUUGCAGCAACCUCUGUCGCCGCACGUGUUGCUACUGAGGUUGGAUCUAUCUUAGGCGAUGAGGUGGGCUAUACGAUCCGUUUCGAAGACGUCAGCGACAAGAAGCGUACUAGAAUUCUCUAUCUGACGGACGGAAUUCUCUUCCGAGAGACACUACUAGACCCAUUACUGAGCAGAUAUAGCGUGGUAAUGAUAGAUGAAGCACAUGAACGCAGCGUGUAUACCGACCUGAUGCUCGGUGUUCUCAAAAAGAUUCGCCGAAAGCGACCAUCUCUUCGCGUUAUCGUAUCAUCGGCUACUUUGGACGCAGCUGGAUUCCUCGACUACUUCUCCAGCGGAAACCCCCCAGGAGAAGCCACUAUAGUCAGUCUCGAGGGUCGCAUGUAUCCGGUCCAUAUUGCGCAUUUGGAACAGCCAACACCUGAUUAUGUCGCAAAAGCCAUUGACGUUGUCUGGAAUAUCAACUUACAGCGAAGCUCCGGUGAUGUUCUGGUCUUCUUGACAGGGCGAGAGGAGAUUGACCGUUGUCUGGAAGGAUUGGCAGAAUUGCUCCCAACGUUGCCCCGUGGCGCAACUCGUUUAAAGCUACAUGCGCUCCAUUCAGGUUUACCUAUGGAUGAACAACUAGCCGCUUUCGAACCCGCCGAGCGCGGAUUCCGCAAAGUCAUCGUUUCGACAAAUAUUGCCGAAGCUAGUGUUACCAUUGAAGGCAUCAAAUAUGUCGUCGAUUCAGGAUUCGUGAAGAUCCGUACCUACAACCCUACCACUUCCCUUUCCUCCCUUUCCACCAUCCCCGUGUCACGUGCCUCUGCUAUUCAACGAGCAGGUCGUGCAGGCCGUACCUCUUACGGUGCCUGCUAUCGCCUGUAUCCCGCAUCAACUUUUGAAUCCCUCCCACCGACAACCCAACCCGAGAUCACUCGCACAGACCUGACGACACCUAUUCUGCAACUCAAAUCGCUUGGGAUAGAUGACCUCAUGAAAUUCGAGUGGGUCUCGAGUCCACCUGCUGAAGCUGUGUUGCGUGCUCUCGAAAGUCUUGUUGCCUCUGGAAUGGUUGGUGAAGAUGGACGUCUUACCGUUAUUGGCGAGAAGGUUGCUGAGUGUCCCGUUGAGGUCAACAUCGCACGCAUGCUUUUCGCCUCGAAAGAUUACCAAUGUGGUGAAGAGAUAUUGACAAUUGCUGCCAUGACCACAGUUCAGGACGUCUUUGUCAUUCCUGACGGUGCCGCAGGCGCUCUCGCGGAACUGGAACGUCGAAAGUUCACAGCAGAGGAAGGAGAUCAUCUGACUCUUCUGAAUGCCUACAAUGCAUUCACUCGUUAUGGACGGUCAUCGUCGUGGUGCAAGGCACAUGCGUUAUCUUUCCGUGCUUUAUCACGCGCAGUGUCAAUUCGCGCCCAGCUAAAGAAGUAUAUGCAACGCUUUGGACUGCCUAUUGAGAACUGUCAAGGCGACGCGAAACGGCUACGACAAUGCAUCGUGAGUGGAUAUUGGAGGAAUGGUGCGAAAUGGAUGGCAGAUGGGACGUAUCGUUCUGUUCGUGGCAAUGUGGUCCUGCAUGUACACCCCAACUCCGUACUAUUCACCAGGAAACCCCGGUCUGGAUGGGUUAUCUUCCAUGAGAUGGAGGAGACCAAGAAGACGCAGAUUCGAAUUCUGACCGAAAUAGAACCUGAUUGGCUGUUGGAGUAUGGACACAAGUUUCACGACAAACGUACUGGCGUUGGUGUGAGUGUUAGAUGAUUGCCAAGACUGUAUGGUUGUAUUUUGUACUGUAUCCAACCGAUCUAUGAGCGACCAAGCGAAGUGCGAAAUUGUUUCGAAUAAUGAAGCAGGUAAUCGGAAUGAAGAGUGCAUUGGGAUGUUAACAGCACGGCGCUGAGAUCCAUGAUCCUUUCAUACGGCUUCUCGAUGGUACCAAUCCUCAACGUCGUCUUAUGCUUCCGCUCUUCCCCUUUCACCAAGACUGCUUUGCUCGUAAACUGCAACCACACUCGCUUUGUUGUCGGUAGAGUGAUGUACAUGUCAUAAUGUGCUGCCAGACCGUAACGCGCAGAUGGGCUAUCGCGCACUGUGAAGGUCCACGCCGCAGUAGGGCUAUUGAUACCAUGUCCGCGGACUGUCGUUGUUG